AAAGGGCAUAGCCGUUUGAUUUCGUUUUUUUUGUCUCUUUUCACCUGUGUAUUCCCGACAAGCACUGCCUGGAAGUGUCUCCCUCUUGCAUUAACACUGCGCCUGUCAGGCAUCCAAGUCUCCUUGACGACCAAAAUGCGACACCACUACUCCGGUUUCGAUCCGGACGAUGUUCAGUUUCUCACCGAACGACAAACAACGAUUUGGCCAAGGCACGGAUCGACAAGUACCCUGAGCGGUAGCCCUCCGCCCGUCUUUGAGGACAUUGCAGAUGAGAUAAUCGACCUCACCAAUGACCUGGACACGGUUGGUCAUGGUUUGCUCCGAGAAGGCGAGUUCGCAUUGGAAACACUGCGAGUAUCCGACUCAGUCAUCAAACCAGGAAUGUUCUUGGAGGUUUGCAAAUUUCUGGUUGGCGAGUAUGAUGCCAAUUUCAUUCUGGUUCGGACCAUCGCGCGGUGCAAAAAUACCGGGAAGGUCAACAUUCGAGGAGUCCCAUUUGCAAGAACACGGUCAGUCUUGGACAAGCUUCCGAAGAAAUCCAAUGAGGUCUGCAUGAUUCUCUACUUUGAUGGAGAUUCGACAAGACUCCAGGAACUUGUGGAUGUUUGCCCUUCGGCAGUGGUUUGCUUCAUUAGGCAGGGAAGAAAUAAGAAAAAGACUGAGGAGUCCCUUGUCCGAGUUCAUUCGGAUGACGUACUGGAUACACAGUACCGGGUCUCGGAAGAUGCUUUGAGCAACCAGUGGCGAGGCAGUCGGGUGAAGGGCGGAUCCUGGAUACCUUACCAACGUACCGGGGCAGAUUUCAUUGACUUGGAAGAGGCGACAGCGACGGAUCCUCGAGGCCAUAGACUUUGCGGCCAGAAAUACACGGUAUUUGAUGCCUGCUCGGGCGCAGGCGGAGUAUCGCGAGGAGCCCAAAUGGCGGGAUUCAAGAUCCAGUACGCCGUGGACAAGGCGGAGGAAGUCUGGGACACUUACGAAACAAACUUCCCUGAUACGCAACUCUUUCCAAUGUCACUGGACGAGUUCCUCUCCGACCCUCGGAGCGGGCAUUUACGAGUCGAUGUUCUCCAUUUCUCGCCGCCCUGCCAGUACUUCUCACCUGCCCACACUUGGGCAGCCGCACACGAUGACGAGAACAUUUUUGCCUUGUUCAGCUGCAACCAGUUGCUCAAGAAGACUCGGCCGCGUAUCAUCACGGUCGAGCAGACGUUUGGCCUCACGCAUGACCGCCAUUCAACCUACUUUCGAGCUUUUCUUGCCGACUUCACGCAGUUUGGAUAUUCUGUGCGAUGGAAGGUUGUGCGCCUUUGCACUUGGGGAGCUGCCCAAGACCGAAAGCGCUUGAUCAUCAUCGCUGCUGCACCAGGCGAGAGACUUCCCACAUUCCCGGCGGCGACACAUUCUCAGGAUGGUGAAGGCGGCCUUCUGCCUUUCAACUCCAUCCAGAGAGCACUGGACGGGAUCCAGCCAGGUGAUGACCUCCACGAUCUAGACAAUGUCAAAUCCUACCAGCCUCGGCGGCCAUCGCUUGACCCCAACCGCCUGGCCGGGACUAUCACGACAGGUGGCAGUGACGUCUACUUUCCAGAUGGCACCAGGGAAUUGACGCUACGAGAAAUCGCCAGCCUCCAAGGGUUUCCCAAGAACCACACUUUCCUUGGCACCAAGACCUCCAUCAAAAGGCAGAUUGGAAACGCGUUCCCCCCCAAUACAGUUCGCGUGCUGUACCGACACAUCGAGGAGUGGCUACUGAAGGAUGAUGGCGUGCAGCCGUACCAACCAAGUGAGGAUCUCAUCCUCCUCGACGACGAAUCAGACACAUCCAUGAACAUCAGCGACGAUUCUGAAGACGAGCAAGCGUCGCCGGAGAUGGAUGAAGGCUUCAUGGAAGUUGUCGGUGGCAGCGAGAAUCGUCCAGUGCAGGUCGACGACGACGGUGAUUGCAUGGUCAUUGACAUGACUUGA